GUGUGUGUGCGCGUGGGUGCUCCUGCGUGUGUGUGCGUGUAUGUGUGUGCAAGUGUGUGUGUCUUAUCCUGGGGUCCCAAGGCUUUGCACUGGCUGAACUGCAGCCAUGGAGGUGGCCCUGGUAGAUUUUGAGAGCCUGGAUGAUCUCGACGGCAGCCUUGAGGAUGAGGUGGACACCUACACUGAUGAGACCACAGCUCUCACGGUGGACAUGUCCCCAGAGCACAGCAGCCCAGGCAGCAACCACCUUACACAAGACUCUCAGUUUUCCUCUACGCCCAUGCCCUCCUGCAUUUGGGAAUCCACCUCAUCUUCGCCCAUACUAAACACACAGACACUAAGAGUGCCCCAGUCCCCAACCAUGCCAACUCCAACCAGACAGGGACGCAGUAGCUGUGCCAGUAUGAUCUCCAACUGGAAACUGCUGCUAAACAGUGAGUGCACUAAGGAGAGUGAGACGAUCUUCAGCCGCCUUGCUAAGGAGUGCUGCGAGGAUCUGUUUGUAGAUAAACGAGGGCUGGAUGACGGAGACCAGAAAGUCAUCAUCAACAUCGCUGGUCUUCGUUUUGAGACGCAGCUCAAAACUUUGGACCAAUUUCCUGAGACGCUGCUAGGAGAUCCUUUGAAGAGGAUGAACUACUUUGAUCCAAUGAGGAACGAGUACUUCUUUGACCGGAACCGACCCAGCUUUGACGGCAUCUUGUAUUACUACCAGUCAGGGGGCAAGAUCAGACGUCCAGCUAACGUUCCCCUAGAUGUGUUUGCAGAUGAAAUUCUGUUCUAUGAGCUUGGAAGUGAGGCCAUGGAGCAGUUCAGAGAAGAUGAAGGAUUUAUAAAGGAUGUUGAGAUCCCUCUACCUAAUAAUGAUGUGUACAGGCAAUUCUGGCUGCUGUUUGAGUACCCAGAGAGCUCAAACGCAGCCCGUGGUGUAGCACUGGUGUCUGUUUUUGUUAUUGUCAUAUCCAUAAUUAUUUUCUGCAUGGAAACACUGCCAGAAUUCAGAGAUGACACCGACCCAAUUGCGCCCACAACAGUACAGCCUUUCAACCAAUCUAGAUUUCACAGUUCUGUGGCUCCACCUGGCGUGAAGCCCACAACUUUCUCUGAUCCCUUCUUUAUUAUUGAGACUGCCUGCAUUGCUUGGUUCUUCUUUGAGCUGUGUGUGAGAUUUGUGGUCUGUCCUAGCAAAAGGGAAUUUUUUCACAACCUCAUGAACAUCAUUGACAUUAUAUCCAUCAUCCCUUAUUUUGUUACCGUGGUUACAGAAUUGGUCACGACACCACAAGAGAACUCAGGACAGAACAUGUCUUUGGCCAUUCUGCGUAUCAUCCGUCUGGUAAGGGUGUUUCGUAUAUUCAAACUCUCACGUCACUCCAAGGGGCUGCAGAUCCUGGGACAGACUCUGAAGGCCAGCAUGCGUGAGCUUGGCUUGCUCAUCUUUUUCCUCUUUAUCGGAGUCAUCCUCUUCUCCAGUGCUAUCUACUUUGCUGAGGUAGAUGAGCCAAACACGCAGUUUGUCAGCAUACCUGAUGGCUUCUGGUGGGCUGUGGUUACCAUGACCACAGUAGGCUACGGGGACAUGUGUCCUAUUACUAUGGGGGGUAAAAUGGUGGGCACCUUGUGUGCCAUCGCAGGUGUGCUGACCAUUGCUUUGCCUGUUCCCGUCAUUGUUUCCAAUUUCAACUACUUCUAUCACAGAGAGACAGAAGCAGAGGACAAGUUGCCCUUGUCAGAUGCUGUUGAGCAAGCCAUGAAGGCUGAAUCAGGUACCAAAGAGGGUUACAACACCUCGCUUAAUAAAGCCAACGGCAUCUAGCUGACUGGCAAAGGGAAAUACCUGUUCAAGAACACAAUUUAGAAGAAGAGACUUUGCCACAAAGCGGGAAGGAAAUGUUAAAGAAAAAGAGUAUGAAGGAAAUGAACUGUUAUGAUUUCCCUCAAAUAAUGGUCUAAUGGGUUCAAUGAGAUAAAGUAUUUGUACAUAGUGAAAAAUCUGUUUUAUAAGGAUAUACAUGAUCUACUGUGCUUCCCUCUUUUCUGUCUAAUAUGAAAAUGAUAAUUUGAAAUUAACAGACACGCUGAAGAAUUUACCUGUCUUCAUGUUCAGGAUUGUAUGUAAACAUAUUUCAAGUUUAGAACUCUUCUUUUAGUUGCACAUACAUAUAAGAAAAAGUUCAGCAGUAUAUGUUUAAAGGAUUGUUUACUGUUGGUCUUAUUUUCAUUGUCUUGGCCAUUAAUCCUAUUGCUGAUAACAUUUUGCACACUUGCUCCACUGUUGAUAUUUGUGGCCACAAUGACUCUUAACACAACUUUAAAGCUACAUUGUGUAAGAUUUUCUCCCAUCUAGCGGUUAAAUUGUAUAUGACAACCAACUGAAUAUUACUUUCUAGUCUGUGUUACAACCGCACAUGACGUGAGUUGUCUGCCAGGGAAAUCACGACACAUGAUUACAUUUAUGUUACAAGGUAGACAAUCCUUUUUCAUCAUUGACGCGAGGAAAAGUACCAUAGACAUUGUUCUAGCAUUAUGCACAACCAUGCUAUAGUUAGCCAAGCAAGUAGCAACUAUAAAACUUUGACUUUACACAAAUAGGCUGAAUUACCUGUCGAGAAGAAAGCAGGCAACUUCAGUGUCCCUUUUGAAAUCCUUGCUCCUCAUGAGCUCUUUCCAUCUUGGAAAAGCCACUCCAAUAUUAACUUUGGUCUUUUUGCUUUGCCUGUCAUGUUGUCGUUUUAAUUCUCUUUUUAACUUCCUUGGCGACUCCAUUACAUGUCCUCCAGAAUAUGCACAAUCCUCCAUUUUCAACAGGCUUUCAAAUCUGCCGGCAGUCGCAAGUAAUCUUCUCCCCCUCCCUCCUGGCAUUCGUCACAGUCAGUGCCACUGAGUGAAAAGCGCGAAAGGCAGAGGUAUGUCCCUCUUUGGCUAAUGUAUUUUAAAAAUGGAGGCGUAACAUGGCGGCCGUCAUUCGAGCGACUCGCUCAUAUGUAUUCUGA